CAUGGCCGGGCGCCACCGGUCUCCUAGCCUCUGUCACCGCUGACGAUAUGGCACACAAAGGUCACAGUGGCGUGAAUCAGCUCGGGGGUGUGUUCGUCGGCGGUAGACCGCUUCCAGACUCGACGAGGCAAAAGAUCGUCGAACUAGCUCAUUCUGGUGCGAGACCCUGCGAUAUUUCCAGGAUCUUGCAGGUCAGCAAUGGCUGCGUUUCGAAGAUUCUUGGAAGGUACUAUGAAACCGGAUCUAUUAGGCCCAGAGCCAUCGGUGGCAGUAAACCUCGUGUAGCCACGGCGGAAGUCGUAAGCAAGAUCUCCCUUUACAAAAGCGAGUGUCCUUCUAUCUUCGCUUGGGAGAUCAGAGACCGUUUGCUCCAGGAAGGUGUCUGCACCAACGACAACAUUCCUAGUGUGUCGUCAAUAAAUAGGGUACUGAGAAAUUUAGCGGCACAGAAGGAGCAACGGCAGCAACAACAACAGCAACAGCAAGGGGUGUCUGCCGUUGGCGUCGGGGUCGGUGCUGGUAGUCCAGCUGAGAGUGUUUACGAUAAACUAAGGCUACUUAAUGGGCAAACAACUGGCUGGCCGAGACCAAAUCCAUGGUAUCCAUCUGGAGCUGGCAGUCCAUUUCCAUCCCUGCAGCCCAGCUUGAGUCCAAGUCAUUGUACAGCCCUUCCACCGGAUCCUGCGGAUAUUCUGCACGCAAAGAAAGAGGGUGGCGAGAAAGGAGAGGAAGCCAGAAUAAAACUAGGGAGGAGGGAAAAAGAGAGAACGACGGCAGAGACGGUGAACAAGAGAGGCCAAGAAAGAAAGGAGACAAGGGCGCAAAGAGACUCCGUGCUCGAUCGAAACGAAAGGGGUUCGGGUCGUAUGGGCAUUGUUUUUUCACCUCUCGGGUCCCGUGCUACGAGGCGAACGACAGGGGAGUGA